CAUUACGCCCGGCUAUAUAAGAUAGCCGGACAACCAUCCUAUCCCCACAGACCGAGUCAGAUCGGCGAACCGUUCACAAACGGGCCACAGGGAGCUUGCGUCUCGAUCGGCCGAUACUCGUUCGCGGUGGAAACAUCACAUUUGAGAUUGUCUUGUGGAAGAGUCGACUAUUGUUGACAUUUCCGGCGAAGUGAGCAAGAAACUACUGCGGGAUCGUCUUUUUGAAGGAUCGUCUUAUCGAAGAGGCAGUUCAAUUAUCAAGAACGCAACACGUGCUUCGAUCUAAAAAAAAUCUAUAUCUUGCAGAAAGGGUAAUUAAAGUUUUGAAAGCGAAUAAUUCGAACAGCACGUCUCAACAGUAAAAUAUAUCCACCGGAUCAUUGAGGGAAAUAUUCUUGUACAACGUCAGAAAAAAAGUGAAGAGAGAAGUGUAAAGGAAGAAAAAGAAGGAGGAAGAGGCAGAAGAUUCUCUUCAUUGGAAAAAACUGUGAUUGUGUCAAGGGAUGAUUUUUAUCAGCGCCACGACGUACUUCCUGCUCUCUAUCGUUCUGAUGGCCUUGGUCUUGAUUGCGAUAGACCACGCCAGAUCAAAGAAGAAAAAGCUGAAGAAAUUAUACGAUGGCGUAGAAUCAUCCGAGCUACUAGAAGCUCCUGGACCGAAGCCAUGGCCAGUUCUGGGCUCUCUUCAUAUUUUGGGACGCUACGACGUGCCUUACAAGGCCUUCGGCGACCUCGUCAAGGCCUACAAUAGCCAGGUGAUCAAGCUCAAGAUGGGAUCUCUACCUUGUGUAGUCGUCAAUGGAUUGGAGAACAUUAAAGAGGUCUUGGUCACCAAGGGCCACCACUUCGAUUCUAGGCCAAACUUUAUUAGAUAUCAUCUCCUCUUCUGUGGCAACAAAGAGAACUCUUUAGCAUUCUGCAACUGGUCAGACGUGCAAAAGACGCGAAGGGAGAUGCUGCGAGGGCAUACUUUCCCGCGCGCCUUCACCACGCGGUACAACCAGUUGAACGGCAUCAUCGGCGGUGAAAUGGACUGGCUGAUUAACCACUUGACCGGCAUCUCUGGUAUCAGCCUCCACGCCAAGCCACUGAUCAUGCACACGUGCGCGAACAUCUUUAUCAAGUACUUUUGCUCGCGGAGCUUCGACCUUGAUCACGGUCCCUUCCGCGAGAUGAUCGAAAACUUCGACAAGGUCUUCUACGAAGUUAACCAAGGAUACGCCGCGGAUUUCAUGCCGUUCCUGAUGCCGCUUCAUCAGCGCAACAUGACAAGGAUGGCGAAUUGGAGCCACGAAAUCAGAAAAUUUGUGGAGGAGAAUAUAAUUGGCGAUCGUCUGACCAGCUGGAAGUCAGUCAUACCGGAGGUGGACUACGUGGACUGCCUGAUAAAUCACAUCAAAACUGACGCCGAACCUAAGAUGACUUGGGAAAUGGCGAUGUUCGCGCUGGAAGAUAUUAUCGGAGGUCACUCGGCGGUUGGCAAUCUCCUCGUCAAGAUUCUUGGAUACCUGGUUACUAGACCGCACGUACAGAAAAUAGCGCAGAUGGAAAUUGACGGAAUUGAAACCUCGGGCGAGUUUGUCGGACUGGAGAAUAGAGGAAGCAUGCCUUACACGGAAGCCAUCAUUCUUGAAGCGAUUAGGUUGAUCGCCAGUCCGAUCGUGCCACAUGUCGCCAAUCAAAACAGCUCAAUAGCCGGCUACAAGAUAGAAAAGGACACGUUUAUUUUCCUGAACAACUAUGACCUAAAUAUGUCGGAUGAGUUGUGGACCUCUCCCGAAGAGUUUAUACCGGCAAGAUUCGUGCAGAGCGGCAAACUGCUGAAGCCGGAACAUUUCCUGCCGUUCGGUGGCGGCCGAAGGUCCUGCAUGGGCUACAAAAUGGUCCAAUAUAUCAGUUUCUCGACGAUAGCCACUUUGCUAAAGAACUUUAACAUAUUACCGGUGGAGAAGGAAAACUACAAGGUUCCCAUCGGCAAUCUAGCACUUCCGGAGAAUACGUUUAAUUUCCGUUUCGAGAGACGGUAGGAUAGGAAGCGCGACAAUGAGAAAGAAUGAGUUCGGUCGAAUCGGUGAAAUUGGAGGACGCGACUUUGAUUUCUCGUCCGCGGCUCGACCACGAGCUGGGCUCCUGAAGACUUUGCCGCUUAUGCGGAACAUCAGCAA